AUGAACCCAAGUCAGAAUCCGACCGUUAACCUAAAACCAAAUGAUAAACCAAUGCCACUGGUUGGUCUUGGUUUAUGGAAAGUACCAAAAGAUAAAGCGUCCGAGAUAGUUUUUGAAGCUAUUAAAAUAGGAUAUCGAUUAUUGGAUAGUGCUUCGGAUUAUGGAAAUGAAAGAGAAGUUGGUGAAGGAAUUAAAAAGGCCUUUGAUGCGGGAAUUGUAAAACGUGAGGACAUUUUCAUUACAUCUAAACUUUGGAAUACGAAUCAUAAACGUGAACACGUUCGUCCAGCCGUUGAACGUACUCUAAAAGAUCUUGGUCUUACAUAUUUGGACUUAUAUUUGAUACAUUUUCCAAUUUCUUUGAAAUAUGUUGAUCCGAAUGUAAGGUAUCCUGCUGAAUGGUCUUACGAACCGGAUAAACAACUUAUUAUACAAGAACCUGUUCCAUUUAGAGAAACUUGGGAAGCUAUGGAAGAAUUGAUGGAUGCCGGUUUAGUCAAGAAUAUUGGAAUUUCAAAUACUUGCGCGGCAUUAAUUCAAGAUCUCCUUAAAUAUGCUAGGAUUAGGCCAUCAGUUUUACAAAUAGAACAUAGCCCAUAUUUAACUCAAGAAAGGCUUGUAAAUUAUGCUAAAUCAGAAGGCAUGGCUAUUACGGGUUACUCUACUUUUAGUAAUAUAAGUUACAUCGGUUUAGAUAUUGGUGAUGCUAACAAUGCUCCAAAACUUUUCGAACAACCAACUAUUAAAGAGAUAUCUUCUAAUUAUGGGAAAACCCCUGCUCAGAUCGUACUUAAAUGGGCUAUACAACGUGAAAUCGCUGUUAUACCAAAAUCUUCAAAUCAUGAUCGUCUUUUAGAAAAUAGAAAUUUAUUUGAUUUUGAAUUAACUCAAGAAGAGUUACAUAAAAUAUCUUCUUUGAAUCGUAAUUUAAGAUUCAAUGAUCCUGGUGAAUAUGCCAACAUACCAAUCUUUGAUUAA